AUGGACGCUCCAUACUGGAUAAUUACCAUAUGCGCUCUGUUAAUCAUAGCGCCUGUAGUGGUACAAGCGCAGGCUAAUACACAGCAGAGCUCUGAUGAAUCAGGUUCUGACUGGGGCGAAAGCAACAGCUUCGUCGGCAAAAACACCAGGAUAAUAAUCAUCGUUGUGUCAGUGGUUGCUGGCACCGUGGUCAUUUUUGCAAUCGCAUCCUCCAUCCUCUACGUCAUCGCAAAACGCAGGCAAUGGGCUGUUCGAGAAACUAUCCGACGCUCUACUCGGCGCAUGGCAGACGCCAUAAAAUCACCUCUAACACCACGAUUCCCCAGACCAGCUGGAGAAAGUAGCACCGGUCAAACACCUUCAUAUACGCGCCAACAAUCACGACGGGCGAGACAAAACUGGUAUUCGCGGGGGAUGACCAGGAUCGCAGAGGAAGGAGGUUCAUCACAGACACAGUAUAUCCUCAAAGAUGAUGACGAUAUAUCUGGUCUGAUCAACAGUCAAGCAAGCCGGGAGAGUAGCGAGCGAUAUGUAACAGCAACAAAAUCGACAUGGGGCCAUUCGCAUUCCGAGUCCAAUGACAGCUAUACCAACAAUAUCAGCGCAAAAUCAUAUUUCUUUGACUUUGGCUCAAAACCGGCCGGCGGUUCUAAUAGUCCAAAGAAAACGCAAAAAUCGAAACAGAAAAAAAAACCCGAUUUUGACUUGGAGAGAGGGAUUGAGUUGGGUGCUACCGACCAUAUGAAGGUUACCGUAUCGCUGUCUACGACUAAAGAUAGCGAUAAGUUGGCUGCGGAGAAUCCGUCGAAGAAGAGUUGGGGAUCGCUUUUUGCGUUUGGUCAGCGGUGA